AACCGGCUGCUUACAAAAAUACAAUAGCAACAAAAGCGUGCGCCGCACUAAACGUCGAAAAUAAUUUAAAAUAUUCUAGAAGAGCAAUUUAGUUUGAUCGAUAAUUUUAUACAAAACAGUGAAACUUCCAUAAAAGCUACACAUUGCAUUCAGCAUGAAGAUCGAAGAAGUAAAAAGUACUGUGCGAACACAGCGCAUUGCGGCACAUAGCCACGUGAAGGGUCUAGGUCUCGAUGAGAAUGGUGUACCACUACACAUCGGUGCAGGUCUGGUUGGACAAAAGGCUGCACGUGAAGCAGCCGGUAUUGCAGUGGAUCUAAUAAAAUCGAAGAAAAUGGCAGGACGUGCAUUGUUGCUAGCCGGACCACCAGGCACAGGCAAAACGGCAAUAGCACUGGCUAUAGCACAAGAAUUGGGUAAUAAGGUACCCUUCUGUCCUAUGGUUGGUUCUGAAGUUUUCAGUAGCGAAAUCAAAAAAACAGAAGUCUUAAUGGAGAAUUUCCGUCGUUCUAUCGGUUUACGCAUACGUGAGACGAAGGAAGUGUAUGAGGGCGAAGUAACCGAGUUGACACCAGUUGAAACGGAAAAUCCAAUGGGCGGUUAUGGCAAAACUAUUAGCAACGUAGUCAUUGGUUUGAAAACAGCUAAGGGCACAAAACAAUUAAAAUUGGACCCGAGCAUAUUCGAAUCGCUACAAAAGGAAAAAGUAGAGGUCGGUGAUGUUAUCUACAUCGAAGCGAACAGUGGUGCAGUCAAACGUCAGGGCCGCAGUGACACUUUUGCUACAGAAUUCGAUUUGGAAACUGAAGAAUAUGUGCCUUUACCAAAAGGCGAUGUACACAAAAAGAAGGAAGUCAUACAAGAUGUCACUUUACAUGACUUGGAUGUAGCAAACGCGCGACCACAAGGUGGCCAGGACGUGCUCUCAAUGAUGGGGCAAUUGAUGAAGCCGAAAAAAACUGAAAUUACAGAUAAAUUGCGCAUGGAGAUUAACAAAGUUGUUAACAAGUACAUAGAUCAAGGCAUUGCUGAACUUGUACCCGGCGUGCUCUUUAUUGAUGAAAUACAUAUGCUUGAUUUGGAAACCUUUACGUAUUUGCACAAGUCGCUUGAAUCACCCAUCGCGCCAAUUGUCAUUUUUGCCACAAACCGUGGACGCUGUGUUAUUCGUGGCACCACAGACAUUGUAUCCCCACAUGGUAUACCUUUAGAUUUGCUGGAUCGUUUGUUAAUCAUACGCACAUUACCAUACUCAUCCUCCGAGAUGGAACAAAUUAUUAAGUUGCGCGCCCAAACUGAAGGCCUUCAAUUGGAAGAUACCGCGUUUAGUCGUCUCAGUGAAAUCGGUAGCACAUCGACAUUACGUUAUGCGGUGCAAUUGCUAACCCCAGCACACCAAAUGACCAAAGUGAAUGGACGUACACAAAUUACCAAGGAGGAUAUUGACGAUGUACACUCAUUAUUCCUGGAUGCGAAACGCUCUUCGAAACAUUUGUCAGAGAAGAACAACAAGUAUAUGUUGUAAUCUGCUACUGAUAAGUUAGGGUAUUCAUUAAUACAACUUUGUUUAUUUCUUUUUAAACAUUUCCAAAAAUAUAUAAAUCCUAUGAACUAAAAACUCGAAAAUAACGUUGCACUAGCA